AUGGCCGGCGAGCCUAGCCUGCGGCGAACGGAGGCAAAGGCCUACUUUGCCAACGAGCGCACGUUCCUCCACUGGAUGAACAUGGCGGUGACCAUCGGCAGCAUAUCGGCCGCCAUGUCGGGCGUCGCCGGCCACGCGCACCGCAAGUGGGGGGACGACUUCACGUCCGGCGCCACCAUCGUGCGCGUGCUGUCGAUGCUCAUGCUGCUGCUGUCGAUCAUCAUCGCGGUGUGGUCCGGCUUCAACUUCAACAGCCGCGCCAACAUGCUCACCCUCAAGGGGGACGGCCCCUACGACAGCCGCUUCCUGCCGGCCACCAUCGCGGUCUGCCUCGUGUCCGCGCUCGCGGUGGUAUUCAGCGGCGCGGUCGUGCGGCUGCACGCGGAAACGUGA